AUUCUCCAAAACUAGGGUUAGUGUGCAAGGCUCGAAAAACAGUUGAGAUUGGUGAGCAGAGAUCAGUUUCAAAGAGGAUAACCUGUAAAAAGAGAUGAAUGACGUCUUCCUUGCACUGGCAUUCUAAGUUUUAGUUUCACCUGCCCUCUCGCUGUCUCUCUCUCUCUCCCCCCUCUCUCUUUUUCUGUACCCUACCCACCAUCGACUUCUGGAACAUCGUCAACUUGCGAGGGCAGCUCAAUCGAAGUACAGAUGGGUGGUGGUGCACUCCUGAAGGUGGUGGCUCAGCAUUUUGAUGUUCUUGCCUUGCCUGUGGUGUCGUUGCUUUAUCCCCUAUAUGCUUCAGUCAAAGCAAUAGAAUCAGAAUCUCGUCAUGAUGAUCGACAAUGGCUAACGUAUUGGGUUCUCUAUUCUAUGAUCACUCUCUGUGAGAUGACUUUCUCCAAAGUUAUUGAGUGGAUUCCUGUAUGGUCUUAUGCAAAGUUGAUAGCUACGUGCUGGCUGGUUUUGCCUUAUUUUAAUGGUGCAGCUUAUGUUUAUGAGCACUUCAUACGACCAUGCUUUGUGAACCCUCCUCCUGUUAAUAUUUGGAUCUUCUCUGGGAAGAAAAGCAUCUUCAAUACUCUCCCAGAUGACUGUAGCUCUGCAGUGGAAAGGUACAUUGCAGAUAAUGGCAAAGAAGCAUUUGAGAGGCUAAUGGCCCAGGCUGAAAGGGAAACGAAGUCUCAAAAGAACCACUUCGGGAUUUUUGAUUAUGAAGAUGAUCGGUUUUGAACUCCAGGAAAGCACAUUCUAAGAUUAGCUGGCACAUGAGGCUAAAGUGACUGCCCUGCAUGCUAAAAAAUCUUUUGAAUUUUUUGAACAACCAAAGUAGUUUCUGUACACACGUCUUCUUUCAACAGCUUGUACAAACACCUGCAGGUGAUCCAGGAUAGUCUCAGGGCCUAUUCAGAACGACACUAGUGUGUUAUCAUGUCAAUUCAGCUGAUCUGCAGAAUUACAGCUUCUUGUAUCCGGACAUUUUGCCUUGGAGAUAUUGUGCUUUAGUGUGGUCAUUGUUCUCUCUCUCUCUUUCUCUCUCUCUCUCUCUUUCUCUCUCCGCGCUAUGUUUGAACUAGUUUAUACCAUCUUAGUGCCAUAAUGAGAAAGCUUUGCACCA